GAUUAAAAACAAUGACAUCAUCAUGCAUAAUUUAGAAAUCCGAAGUUCAUUAUAAGUUUGUUAUUAGUUCAUUAUAAUGAACUUCAGGUUAUCAUAUAAUGAUGUUGUUCGGCGUUUAAGGUUUAGGAGUGGUUUGGUAUUGAUGACAGAAUGUACAUUAAAUUAAAACAUGUAUGAAACUUUUUGUACUAAUAAGAAAUAAGGGGGAAACAUUUUUUACUAUUAGUGUAAUUACCCCAAUAUAUUCUGUGUUCAUCUUUUAGGAACCAGAAUCUUGAUGUAGCUCGUUAUUUUCAAUGUAUUAGAGUACAAAACGACAUUGCUUUUGUGCAUGUUAUUUAAAAAUAGAAAAAAAUACACAAUUCCAUCCUACGAGCUAUGUCAAGAUUCUUGGGAUUGAAAAUGGAUGUAUAGUAUAAUUUUUAUACGAAGUCGAUAAUUUGGUGUUUAAUUUAACUUUGUAUUGUUCAGGAUAUUUUUGAUCAAAUGGCUAUGGUUUAGGGUUUAAAAUUAUAUUUAUCCAAAUAUAUGACUAUUUUUUGAAAUUGGAUAUGGAGAAUCCAACUUCAUCUCCCUCGACCUAAUUUAAAGUGGUAUGUAUUAAGUUCUAACAUGAGGUUAUAUUUUCCCCCUUUUAAUAUCCAAUCAAUCUUUUUCUCAACUGUCCCUAUUUUUAAGGCCUGCUACAUGUCACUUGCUAAAAAUAGCUUUCCCUUUUUAAGUGUUGAUCUUUUGAUCAUCAUAAUUCAUAAGCAAAAGGUCAAAAAAGAAGACCAAUCUUCAUUGUUAGUGAUGAUCGUUGAAUCCUUCAAGAAGGGUUCAUUUUAGAUAUUAUCAGGAGCUGAUUCUGAAAACCGAUUCUGUUUUAUAACACGAUAAGAAGUAACAGAGGAUGAGGAGUGUUCUUAAAGCUUCGAAAAGUUCUCUCCAACAGAUCAAGUCAACCAAAUACAAUGCCGUGGAUGUGUUGUCAUCUGCUGUUUCCAGAACCGUUUCGCUAAAUGCUGAUGCUAGCAAGCUGAGGAAAAUGGCGGAGGAUACGCCCAAGCCUGGCAUGGUAGCUCCUGGUAGGGUAUUCACCUUCCAAGAACUGGCGGCCGCGACAGAGAACUUCAAUCCUGAUCUGCUAGUUGGCGAAGGAGGAUUUGGGAGGGUCUACAAGGGCCGCCUUAAGAAAACUAAGCAGGUAGUGGCCGUGAAGCAGCUUGAUCGAAACAAGGAUCAAGAUAACACAGAAUUCCUCGCGGAGGUCUUGGCAUUGAGCCUCAUUGAACACCCCAACCUCGUGAGCCUGAUUGGAUACUGCGCUGAUGGCCGACAGAGGAUUUUGGUGUACGAGUAUAUGCAAAAUGGAUCCUUAGUAGAUCAUCUUCUUGAUUUACCUCCGGACAAGAAGGCAUUAGAUUGGUUCACUAGGAUGAAGGUAGCUCAGGGCGCAGCUCGGGGGCUGGAGUACUUACACGAUACAGCAUGCCCGCCUAUAAUAUUCCGGGACUUCAAGGCGUCCAACAUACUAUUAGAUGGGGAAUUCGACCCUAAACUGUCGGGUUUCGGGCCGGAGGAAAGAGAGGAGGUCUCGACAAGGGUGAUGGGGACAUAUGGCUAUUCUGCCCCGGAGUAUGCCCAGACAGGCAAGCUCACAACCAAGUCAGACGUCUAUAGCUUCGGGGUAGUGCUUCUCGAGAUCAUUUCGGGAAGAAGAGCUAUUGAUAGCAAAAAGCCACCUGAGGAGGAGAUUCUAGUUGCUUGGGCUAAACCACUACUAAAGGACAGGAACAAGUUCUCGUUGCUAGUUGAUCCGUUGCUACAAGGGGAGUUCCCCGUGAAGGGGCUGCAUCAAGCUCUUGCCGUGGUGGUGAUGUGUCUGCAAGAUGAAGCCGACACUCGACCCCUGAUCGAAGAUGUUGUCACAGCCCUCGAAUAUUUGGCCUUAACGACAGAUGAGCAAGUUGCCUGUGAAAAAAAUGCAGACAUGUAAAGUAAAUGCAACAAGUAAUUUCGAUUAAAAAGGCGAGGACGAUCAUUGUUGUGUGUGUGACUUGGUGUCGUGGUAGUAUGUCGUUCUGUACGAUAUAACGUGCUGAUUUAUGUGUAAAUAUUCUACUCUGAUACUCAACUACAAGUGCUGAAAUAUGUGUGCAUAUUGUAAUUUGAUAUUA